AUGCCAGACUCUAUCACGCCCAAUGGUCAAUCUGAAAGCCCUCCUGUGACACCAGACGUCGAGUUAGACGUGCAGAAGUUGCACUCCCUUCCUUCCGAGCAGCAAGAUCUAUUCCUUCUUACAUUUCUCUCCGAUCUUGUUCGUCAUGUACAGACCCUCAACAACGACGCUCUCCCAACACAUCAAGCAUCCAUCAAGAAACAGCUCAUUAUUAUUCUGAACCUGUCCUCUCCAAUACCCAGCCGACCUAUCCGUGAAACCCUCGGGAUCGUAUAUGCUGAAAUCUUCGCCCGAGGGAGCCGAAGCCUGCUUUACGAGUCGAUUAAUGAGUUGCUGGAUAUCAUCAAUGCUGGGAAGGCCGAGAAGGAUUUGAAUAACAAACAUGCGGCAGUAGUGUGUCUUGGACGCCUUCUGCAAACAGCAGGCGACAGUGCCGUCAGCCUGUCAGGGCUCGUAUGUAACAGCUUAUUGAAGCUCUUGAAGCAUUCUCAAAAUCAUGCUGGACUGCGUGCUGCAAUAUACAAAGCACUGGGUCGUGCUGUGGAGGGGCUCGGGGGGUCCCUGGAUGAGCAUUCCGCUCGGGAGGUGUGGAAAUCAGCAAGAGCCGCAGCAUCAAAUGAAAAGGCUUCACUCUCUCAGAAAACAGCCUGCUACUGCCUCGAAAGGCUUGUAUCUGCAACCGUACACUUUGAAAAUGCAAACGAUUUUGACGCACUGAAGACUUCAGUAUGGAGAGCUCUCGAGUGUCCGGUUGCUAGCGUUAGACACGCUGCGGCCUCUACCCUUGCGUCCGCAUUCAUCAAGCUCUUUUCAGACUCCGAGUCUUUCUCCAACUCUCAUAAGUCCACCAAAGGACUUAGGAAGGGCGCUGCUGUCAUCGAUGGCCAAGAAGAAAUCGAACGACCAAGUUCUCCAGCUUCCAAAAAGCAUGCUGUCUCGUUAUCUUUGAAUUUACACGACAUUCUUCGAACACUGGCUAGCCACUAUACCAAGUCCUCCACAACGAAUCGAGCAAGGGCUGGAAUCGCCUCUUGUUACAGGUAUACACUUUUACGGUUACCUGAAAAGGUCAUUGAGGAACGUUAUGGUGUCAUAGCAAAUCAUUUGUUCAACGAUAUACUUAACCACCCGACCAUUUCCUAUUAUCGCUACAGGCUGCUGCUCAGUCGGCGAAUGGUUCGGGCAAUUUUGGAUACUGCCGUUGGAUUCAAGGUAUUGAGUGGAAGCGCACAGCUGAGCGCAGCGCAAUGGCUUGUAAAUGAUGUCCUGAAGAACUUUCCACAAACACUUCCAGAUCGGCGAGAGCCUCCAAAACAGGUAAUCAUUGCCGCCCUCAACUCUCUGUCGAAUCUCUUGUCUUGUCUGGGUCCAGCAGCGGGCACUCUUGGGGACAGUUGUCGCGAAACUCUACUUCAGGUGCUGCAACACACCAGCUACAGUGUACAGAUUCAUGUCGCUUAUUGUCUUCGAGCCUUGGUUUUGGCAUGCCCACAGCAACUUCUAGUUUGUGCAAACAGCUGCAUGGGCUUCAUGAUGAAGAAUGUAAGCCAGCUGAACGAAUCUCGACUAUAUCAAAGGAGAAGUUUUGGUUACGCAGCCGCACUUGCAGCUGUAAUAAGCACUGCGAGAGCUCUGCCGCUAUACGGGUCUGUCGAAGUCUUCUCUCAGGUCCUGAGUACAGCAACGGAUUUAUUAAAGGCCAGCAGCGAUACAGAACUGAGAGUAUCGGCCACCCAGAUCCAAGUCGCUUGGACUCUGAUCGGCGGUCUUAUGCCGCUUGGACCCAAUUUUGUCAAGAUACAUCUCUCUCAGCUGCUGUUGCUGUGGAGGAAUGCCUUACCAAAGCCAUUGACCCAAAACAAUGCAACAAAAAGGGGUUCCCUAGAAAUGAGUUUCCUUGCCCAUGUGCGCGAAUGCGCCUUGGGUGCACUCCUUGUCUUCCUUGAGUAUAAUGGCAGCCUGAUCACAACUGAUGGAUCAAAAAGGAUUGCAACGAUGCUGCAAAACACCAUUGCUUUUCAGGAGUCUGUUCCUGCCCAUCGGCAACCUGAAGAAGUCGCCCAUCGCCUAACACCAGCGUUGCAGCUACAAGACCUAGUAAUUAUGGUCCAAAGGCGUGUCCUGCAGUGUUUCACAAAACUGAUCAGCCUCAGCCACCUCGAAGCUACUGGCAUCUUGUCUCACUCAAAUCUGUUGAGUUUAGCUGUCAUCGCUUUUGCAGAGCCCCCAAGCCCUUCAGAUCAAAGUAUAGAGUUAUCGAUCGCAACUUCUCCCAGCAACUUUGAGAGUCUGUGGGAACUGGCUGACAAUUGGGGCUAUGGCAUUAACGGGCUAGUCUGUGGUCAUCGUGUCGAAGUGCUUGGUCACGAUCGUGGUCGUAAGGUGUUAGAGGACAUCGAAAUAAUUAUGGAUGAAGAGGAGGGAUUGGACGACACUCUAUCAACACCUGUUUGCAGAGCUCUGGAACACGAUUCUUUGAGUCUGUACCUGCUCGGACCCCUUGACUCUAGCACGGAGGUUGACCCUCCGCCAACGCAGGUCGUCAAUGCCGCAAUUGACUUAUUUGCGGUUGUACUUCCUUUACAGCCUCAGAAGGUUCAGGAGGGCAGUCUGGAGCAGCUUGCCACGCUCUUGACACGGCCGUAUAGCAGGGAGCCAGGCAAAAAAGCAGCGUUAUGUGUGAAUGUUGCCACUGCUAUCCUCUGUACUAUGGUAGUUGCAAAUCGGGAGACAAGGUAUUCACCUGGCAAAUUAGCCACGUCGUCCAUAGAGAAAAUCGCUGGAGAUGUUGUCCAGGUGAGCAUGUUCAGACGUCCUUCCCAGCAAGCUGACCUAGAGCAGGAAUCUAUUAUGCAUGCAGACCCCUUCGUACGGACCCUUGGCGGCGAAGCCAUCGGGCGCAUGUGCAAUCUUUUUGGAAGCCCUUUCACUAACUCACAAGUAAAACAACUUGUAGACACGAUUGUGGCGAACAGGGACCCCAACAUUCGUGCCGGAUGUGCUUUGGCUCUAGGCUGCAUACACGCGCAGGUGGGAGGCAUGGCUGCUGGGUUCCACCUCAAAACCAUAGUGGGAGUUCUAUUGUCUCUGUGUAAUGAUCCACAUCCAACUGUUCAUUUUUGGGCUAUGCAAGGGUUGACAAAGGUCGCUGACUCUGCAGGAUUGAACUACUCAGGAUAUGUUGCAAGCACUCUUGGCAUGCUGGCUCGUUUGUUUACUAGCGAUUCCCAUACAGAAGAAGCCAUGUCUCUUGCUACAUCGAAUCUUGAGCUCGAAUAUUCUACACCUUUACUUGUCGCCAAAGGCAUUGACUCUCUCAUCAAUGUGCUGGGUCCCGACUUACAAGACAUGAGGAACGAGAGGGGCUUGAUAGAAAAAUUGGUCAACUACUUCCGUUGCGAAGAGUCCAUUCAUAUGGUCAUCGAGGGAUCAAUGUGUUCAAGUCAUCUGUCUCUCUAUACACCCAGCCAUCUUGACUUCCCUGACCAUGUAAGGAACCUUCAGAAGGGCCUCCGCUCAGCAGAAGAGAGGAUUAGAGACAUCUCUGUAGAUAGUCUCAGCGACCUGGUAAAAAGAGACGUCAAAGGGGUGUUUUCCGCUUCUGGCUCUAGCCUUGCGGACGACCUUUGGCUUGUUCUCGACCAGCAUCCUGAUCAUACAGGAAUCCAGCAUAUCCUACAAGACUGGCUGCACCAAACCUAUGAUGAAGACACUAUUGAAUGGAUUGAGCGCUAUCAAGACGUUCUUUCGAAGACCAGAGCUAAGCCAGAGAACAUAAACUCCAAAGCGGAUAAGCCUGCUGCACUUCCGGACCUACAGGAUGAAGAGGUAGCCGGCUUCGCUGCCGCCGCAGCGGCUGCACAAGGGGACAACGCAGAGGGGUCACUUCAAGGACAAGAGUUUCUGAAAUGGCAGACACGAAGCUUUGCGAUGUCAUGCCUCAGCAGACUCAUCUCAUUGAUCAGCCAGGCUGCCUUACCGGAUCAAGCUAUACCAGCAGAGGUUGCCCUCCAGAGCAAAAUCGCGGAUGUUAUCCGCAUGGCCUUCUCUGCCUCAACGGCUAAUGUUGUGGCGUUACGCAUCUGGGGCUUACGGAUCAUCGACCAGAUUUUGAAGCUGUUCGGGAAGACGCCUGAUCCCGAUUUCCUGGAAGCAUCACUUCUAGAACAGUAUCAAGCACAGAUCAGCUCAGCUCUGACGCCGGCCUUUGCACAAGACUCGUCACCUGAACUUGCGUCAGAAGCUAUCAAUGUCUGUGCUACUUUUGUUGCUACCGGGAUUGUUACUAGCGUAGAGCGGAUGGGGCGCAUUUUUAAAUUACUGGUCACUGGGCUCGAAAGCAUCUCCGAGACAUCUGCGAGUACUUCGAUUGGAGAUCUAAGAGUUCUAAGCACCAAUGCCCAGGUCAUGCUGAGGCUCUCUCUCCUGUCUGCAUGGGCUCAGCUGCAGAUUGCGAGCACGGAACAGCGAUACCUGCAGUCCAUAGUCGAGCCGUAUCUCGCAAGACUGACGCCGUUCUGGCUCUCCUCGCUACAAGAUUUUGCCAAGCUAAGGUUUGAGCCUGACAUCUCAAGCUCGCUGGGUGGCACCAGCAGUGGCCAGAACCUGAAUGAGCUAUAUGCUGCCCUCAACCGAGAGAUCCUUCUUCAGUUUUACGAGGACACGUGGCUCAGUUUGAUUGAUGCUAUUGCCAUUCUGGUCGAUAAGGACAGCGGCUUUGUCUUCGAUGCUCUGGACAAUCGACAGUCCGCUUUGGCCAGCGACUCUGGCACGAUAGAGCCAGCUGGUAAAGAGAUUAGUUUUCGAGAAGAACCGGUUGCAUUCUUCUUCAUCCUCUAUGGUUUGGCAUUCGAAGCGCUUGUGACACAAAGUCGUGACAAUCCAAUCCUAACUUUGAAAGUUCUCCAGGCUUUACAGAAGAUCCUUCGCCCUGCAGUGUCAGGAAACGCGAUAUAUCAGGAUACAGUGUUUGACGAAACAAUGGACAUACUUGAUCGUCUUGCUCUGACAGAAGGACUUGGAAUACAAAAUGCUCUGAUCGAAAUCACGCGAAGUCUUGCGUUAGAUCACCAGGCAGCUGAGUCUGGAGUAAGACGAGAAGAAAAGUUGUCCGAUGAUGUUGAACAGCUAUUUGAGUUGACCCGCGUCAUGAUCUUGAUUCUGGCAGGCAUGAUCCCUACAUUGGGUCAGUCAUCAAGCCAACAGUCUCGGCCCCAUGGCAGUGAAGCUGUUGCACUUAUUUGUACGGCGAUGGAUGCUUUGGUCGAUGUUGCGGAUGUUUUCCCCACCGUUAUCAAAUCGGAUCUUUACGCCUGCAUCACAAACACCUUCUGCUCCAUCCUGGCAUGUGGCACUUUCCAGUCAACUGUGGUGCCAUCGACAUUCCCAACGUUCAAGAGGUUCUUGCAGUCGAUCAUUUCGUUCGGCAAAUCUCAUAAUGUGGAGAGGUUGCUUCGAGGCUGUUUGUGGCAAUUCUUGCAGAUACUGAUGCAUGCGCAACGUCGCGAUACCGAGUUUUCCCUGCCUUGUGCGAAGAAUACACUGCUUGCGAUAACAAUCUUGCUGACAUCUGUCGGUAACAUCUUUUCUCCUCGUGAAGAACUUAUCAUCAAAGCGCUCGAAGAGAUUUUGAGUUGCCUGCAUGAUGUGGGCCUCGCAAAAGUUGCCGCCAAUUGCGUCCGGUCACUCCUGUUCACCCCUUCGAAGACCGCUCCUGACGAAGCUAUCUUCCGGUAUCUUCUUCCUCGACUACUCCACUUCCUUGUCGAUACUUCUACCGAGGACCCUGAACAUGUGAGAGUGGUUGUGUCGCAAGUGCUAGCCUCUACAGUGAAGACGGUGCCAUCAGGAUCAAGAUCGAUUCUUUCAGCAAUGAUCGUUCCGACUCUGCUACAGCGUGCUACUAUUGAAGGCUCCACCGUGCACGAAGAAACGGCCAUGCGGCUAUUGGAAAUAGCAAGUGCGGAUCAGGCGGCUUUCAAGGGUUUAGUUGGUCGGAUGGGAGGAGAGCAACGUGAACUUCUGGAGAUCAUAUUGAGAUCACAACGAGGAGAAGGCAGGCAGGAUCAAGUAGAUAGUGACGACGUCGAUAAGAAACCAUCCAUAGCGCUACGGAUGGAUUUCUGA